UCCACUGCAUUCCCGCUAUGGGUUUCUUUGGGAUGUCUUAUUGGGCACCAAGUUCUUUCAAUUGGAUGACACCCAAAUGGAGCAUUUAUGGUCUUACCCUUACUAUGCUUGGUAUGGGUACGACUCUUACCCUUGAUGAUCUUCGAGGGGCUCUUGCUAUGCCCAAAGAGUUGAUCGCUGGUUUUGUGCUCCAAUAUACGGUGAUGCCCUUGUCUGGGUGUUUUUUGAGCAAGCUCUUAAAUCUGCCAUCUCACUAUGCAGCUGGUUUAAUAUUGGUCGGUUGCUGUCCUGGUGGUACAGCAAGUAACAUUGUCACGUAUCUUGCCGGAGGAAAUGUCGCACUUUCUGUGCUGAUGACUGCUGCAAGCACUCUGUCAGCUGUGAUUAUGACCCCCUUUCUCACUACCAAGAUGGCAGGGAAAUACGUUGCCGUGGAUGCAGUUGGACUGCGAAACACAACACUGCAGGUUGUGCUUCUUCCUGUAUUGGCCGGUGCAUUCCUAAAUCAAUAUUUCAGUGGCCUGGUUAAACCUGUUUCUCCUUUGAUGCUAAGCAUUGCUGUCGUAACCGUCGGCAUUCUGGUCAGAAAUGCGGUUUCCCAGAGUGCAUCCACAAUUCUUGCAUUUGGUCUACAAGUUGUGCUAGCUUCAGCCCUUCUUCAUGCAUUUGGAUUUUUCUUUGGCUAAAUCCUUUCGAGGGCACUUUGGCUUUAUGAGACAUCAUCACGAACCAUCUCUAUCGAGGUUCGAAUGCAGGCACGCAAUCUGUUCCGAGUAGUUCGAUCUCAAAGAACGUCGAUGUUUUCAUUAAGCUUGACCCUUUGUUCAACUGAUUGAUGUUUCAGAACAUGCUUCUCGGACUUGUUC